AUGGCUGCUGCAAAUCCAGCACAACCGCUCCUAGCUGAACUGACUUGUUCAGUGUGUACAGAUUAUUUUAAAGAUCCAGUGUGUCUAGAUUGUGGGCACAAUUUCUGCCAGGCCUGCAUCACUCAGUGGUGGAAGGGAUUGCAUACAAACUUCCGCUGUCCUGAGUGUAGAGAAACCUUCUCCCAGAGAAACGUCAAACCAAACAGACAGCUGAGGAAUAUUGUAGAAGCUUCCAGAACACUUACACUGGAGUCAACAAAAGAACCAGAAGUGUGUGAAAAACAUGAGAGCGCUUUAGAUGUUUUCUGCCAAGAGGAUCAAACACCCAUUUGUAUGGUUUGCCACCUGUGCGGAGAUCAUAGAGAACACACUGUGGUUCCCAUAGAUGAGGCUGCCAAGGAUUACAAGGACCAAGUUCGGAGCUGUUCGGUGAUUUUGAAGAAAGAGAGAGAAGAGAUUCUGUCAUUUAAAUUGAAUGGGGAAAGUAAAAGCCAGGAACUGCUGAAACAGCUAAAAAGGGAGAGGCAGAAGAUUGUGUCUGAAUUUCAGCAACUGUGCCAGUUUCUGAAGGAACAAAAGCGACUCCUGCUGGCGCAGUUGGAAGAGCUGAAACAGGAAAUUGAAAAGAGGAGGGAUGAGUAUGUUGCCAAACUAUCAGAGGAAAUAUCCUCUUUCAGUUCCCUGAUCAGUGAGAUGGAGCAGAAGUGCCAGCAGCCAGCGAGUGAAUUCCUGCAGGACAUCAAAGGCACCUUGAGCAGAUGCGAGAGGAAGACGUUUCAGAACCCAGUGGCCUUUUCUUCUGAACUGAAAUGGAGAAUCUGGGAAUCUUCUCAAAGAAAUGCCUCUGUGGAGACCAUAAUGAAGAAAUUCAAAGACUGUCUGUCGUCUAGACAGCGGUUGCACAAAGCCAACGUGACUCUGGAUCCAAAGACGGCCUAUCCCGACCUCAUCCUGUCUGCAGAUCAGAAAAGUGUGAGAUUAGGACGCACAUGGAGGGCUCUGCCCAACAACCCUGAGAGAUUUGACACUGAGCCCUGUGUGCUGGGCUGUGAGGGAUUCACCUCGGGCCGACAUUACUGGGAGGUGGAGGUGCAGUGGGGGGGAGUCUGUGCUGUGGGGGUGGCCAGAGAGUCUGUGAGCAGGAAGGGACGGAUCCGGGUUAACCCUGAGCAGGGGAUCUGGGCUGUGGAGGGCUGGGGGAAUCAGUACCGGGCUCUCACGUCCCCUGAGCACGGCACCCCCUUGUCCCUGAGCCGGGCACCCAGCAGGAUCCGGGUUUAUCUGGACUAUGAACGGGGGCAGGUGACGUUUUUCGAUGCUGGUAACGAGGACCCGAUCUUCUCUUUCCCACCGGCCUCUUUCGCCAGGGAGAGAAUCCGCCCGUUCUUCCAGGCUGGUGUUAGUGUCCCGGUCUUUGGGGUUCUUGGUACUGUGCGGCUCACACUGAGUCCCUGAGGUGCCCUGUCUGUCCCCAUGAAACAGGCUCCUCUAGACCCCACCCUCCUGAUCUCAAUGACCUGGAGGACUCAGCCAGUCUCCCUCCGCACAGACAGGGCUGCAGGGGGGUGAUGCUCUACCCAUAGCUCUAUGGCUGUGGAGGUCUGUGUGAAGCUCUAGGCUGGGUCUCUAGGUUUCUAGGAGGCCAACUCUGUGUGGAGUAGGGGGGUCCCACCAAGGAAGGAGGGAGCCCCUGUGGGAGGGACCAAGCCGGGGGCCAGGGAGAGACCCCUCAACGGGGAGUGGGGAGAGCAGGGAGGAGGCCUGGCUGAAGAAGCUGGUUGGGGAGGGAAAUGGGGGUGUUUAAAAUCAUUUUAGUUGAUUGUUAUUUAGCCACAACCAGCUAAUAUAUAUUUAAAUACAGCUGUUAGCAUGUGUACGAGGUGCAAAGGCUGGAAUUUUCAAAAGAACCAAAGUGACCUAAGACUCAUUGAUUUUCAAUGGAACUUGUGCUGCUAAGUAACUUCAGGGGAUUUUCAAAAGCACCUAAGUCAUGGAAAGCACCUUAACCUUA